GUUAUGGUUAUGCUUGUGGUAUGGUUAUAGAGGUUAUACCUGGUUGGAAAUGUUUUUUAAACAAGCUGUGAAAUUACCUACAUUGUAUAAUUCAUGUCAGAUCUUAUCGGGUAUAUCAGGAAAAGCUGCCACGAUAUAUCUCAAUGUGGUUCAAUGUCAGGAUACUCGAGCAUUUAGUAGCGCAGCAAGUAUAAGAAAAUGGGAUUUAUACAGCGCUGUCUGUUUAGAACGCCAUCCAGUUAUAAUACAACCCAUGCAAGAAAUAGAAUUAAAAUUUUAUAACAUGUUAAAGAAGAUUGAAUAUGAAAAAAGUUUAAAAUGUGAUCAUGAAUUAAGAGUGGAAAAAGAGGAGAAACAGAAGAAAUCAAAAGAUGCAAGCACAAAAGAAAAAGAUGUAAAUAAAAAGAUUUCUAUACAAACUGCACAGGACUUUGAAGAUAAUUGUCAAGAAGAAUUUAACAGUUUUAAAUUUGCGCCAACAGUUACAAAAUUUGAUGAACAAAAUAUAACAUCAUCUUUAAAACGAAAAUUGGAUAAAAAUUUACUUUUAUUAACACACCAAAAAGUAGGUGAUACAUAUUAUUGGAUACCUCCUCAAGGUAUUCGAAAAGAAGGAGAGACCAUGAGACAAACUGCAGAAAGAGUAUUACAAGAUACAUGUGGCACAAAUAUAAAAGCAAAUUUUUAUGGCAAUGCACCCAUUGGAUUUUAUAAAUAUAAAUAUCCAAAAGAACUUAAUGAUCAAGGAAUUUAUGGUGCUAAAAUAUUUUAUUUUUUGGCAAAAUAUUUAGAUGGAAAUGUUACUAAUGAUAUAAAGUAUCAAUGGUUAGAUGAUACAGAAUUUAAAAAAAUUUUACCUCAUGGGAUACAGAAAAGUAUUUCACAAUUCAUGUUGUUUACUUAAAUAAUAAUAUAAAAUAUCGGAGCUCUUCCUUUCUAAUUUU